AUGCCGAAUGAAUCAAAUAAUGUGGUUGGUCAAGAGAUCCAUACGAGCGAUGAUUCUACUGAGGAAUUAGAUGGAAAUGAAUCGAUAACACCGAGUGUUCAAUCAGAUGACCCUGUUUCUUCUCAUUCAUAUGUUAAUACUGAUCUAGUAAAAUCUGAGAGUAUGAAAUCAGAGAUGUUAAGAGUAGCUAUGUCUGUAUCAAGUCCGUUGGGUCAAGCAGUGUUAGAUAAUCAAGUCUGUAUGGACUGGUUAAUAAAACAUGGAGUAGUUCUCGACUGUCGAAAGAAAAAGUUUUUGGUUCAAGUUUCAAAUAGUGAGAUUUUAGAAGUUAAUGGUGUUAAAAUGAGUGGUUCAACUCAGAUUAUUUCAUCGAUUGAAGCUGGAACUACUGGACUACCACCUGAUUGCGAGGUUGAAUUUGCCAUCAAAGUGUUUGCUAGUACAACUCCGUUGUCCAUAUCCUCUUAUCAUAUCGCGCCGAAAAAUUUGAAGGAACUGAAUAUUCAACUACAAGAUUUAUUAUACCGCGACUUUAUACGUCCUAGUAUAUCGCCUUGA